AUGUCUAUCCAAGCCCCUCACAACACUCUGCUCAUCCCGGGCCCCAUUGAGUUUGACGAUGCUGUGCUCCAGUCCAUGUCCCACUAUGCUGAGAGCCACGUCGCUCCCGGCUUCGUCAAGGUCUUUGGCGAGACCUUGACCCUCCUCCGCAAGCUCUUCCAGUCCACCAACCCCUCCGCCCAGCCCUUCCUCAUCGCCGGUUCCGGCACUCUGGGCUGGGACCUGGUCGCCGCCAACCUGAUCGAGCGUGGCGAGAAUGCCCUCGUCCUCAACACCGGUUACUUCGGCGACUCCUUCGGUAACUGCCUGACCACCUAUGGCGCCGAAGUGACACACCUGCGCGCGCCCAUCGGCGACCGCCCCUCCUUCGAGGAGAUCGAGGCCGCGCUGAAGCAGAAGCCCUACAAGCUGGUGACCGUGACGCACGUCGACACUUCCACCGGUGUCCUCAACGAUAUCAAGCGCGUGGCCGAGAUCGUCCGCCGCGUUAGCCCAGACACCCUCGUCAUUGUCGACGGCGUGUGCAGUGUCGGCUCGGAGGAGAUUGCCUUUGACGAGUGGGACCUGGACGCGGUCGUUACCGCUUCGCAAAAGGCCAUCGGCUGCCCUCCCGGUCUGAGCAUCGUCUACUGCUCCGGCCGCGCUAUCCAGCGCGCCCAGUCCCGCCAGACCCCACCCGCUUCCUACUACGCCUCCAUCGCCAACUGGCUCCCCAUCAUGCAGAACUACGAGGCCUGCAAGCCCUCUUACUUCGCUACCCCGCCUACCCAGCUCGUUCACGCCCUGCACACUACCCUCAGCCAGAUCACCUCCCGCCCCAUGUCGGAGCGCUUCGCCAUUCACACUUCCGCCUCUGACAAGGUCAAGGCUGCCAUUGCCGAGAUCGGCCUGUCCCAGGUUGCCCCCAAGCCCGAGUGCCAGGCCCACGGUAUGACUGCCAUGUACCUGCCCGACGGUCUCUCCCCGCCGGAUGUGCUUCCCGGUCUGCUGAAGCGUGGUGUUAUCUUCGCAGCUGGUCUGCACAAGGAGAUUGCUACCAAGUACAUCCGUUUCGGUCACAUGGGUGUCAGCAUUUCGGAUCCUAACCGCAAUGACAUUGACAAGGCCCUGGCGGCGCUGAAGGAGGCUUUGGCUGAGGCUAAGCAGGCCAAGGGUCUGUAA